AUGAAGUUCCUUUCUAUCGCUUCCCUCAGUCUGAUCCUCUUCACUGCCAUGGGGGUGUUGGGCAGCCCAAUCGAAUCCGAAGCUCUAGCGUCGAACGAUCUAGAUGCUAGGGAUGAAGCGGGAAUUCUGAUCAAAUAUCCUGGAACAUGCUCCAAGAAGAAUAACAACUGCCGAUACAAGUCGCAGAAUGGAAGAACUGCUUUCUGCAAGUGCAAGUUCAAGAAGUGUGCCAAAGAUGGCAAUAAAUGCCAUUUCGACAGCUAUAACCAGGAUUGUCAGUGCAUCUAG